AUGGCCGCCGCAUAUAAAGGCGCACGGGGUAAAGAUUCACCGAUACGUAUACUAUCUCCAACCAAGAUCAGAAGUCCCCUGACCCCCUCACGCAGUCUGCCUCGCACUGGAAACGCAGCGGCCUGGGAUCAGCAAUCUCCUUUUGGCGACAGCAGUCUCACCCGUGUGGCCCGCUGGGUGGAGUCGGUAUCAAAAGAGAGUUCUUCGGGGUGUCUCGGACCGAUCACGUGUACAUUAUCAACUUUCAAGGACCCUGUGACAAGCCCAAUGCCAGGCCACCAGCUAAGGCGCCUCCCACCGUCGCGUGCACCUCCUGCUGGGGCCAUUGCGUCUGCUGCUAUUACAUUGGAUACGGAAGUCAAGAUUCCCCAGGCAGACCCCGGCUCCAGAAUUGGUUCCGCCCCUGCUGAGCGCUUCCCUUCUCCUCACUGUCUCACCACUAUCAAGUCACUCAAAGAGAAUACAACCGCAUCGCAACGUCAGAUUCACAGUGGAACGAGAACAGAUUCAACAAGAUGUGAUUCCCGAAAACCCGAUGGAGCCUCAGAUCCUGGACUUGUCCGGGAACCCCAUCCCCACUCCACGGAGAGGAAACAGAAACACCAGCAGGUAUCUAGCAGUGAGUUUUGUCAGGCGGAAUUACCAAGGCAGCGGGUGGUCAGUAAGAGACAAACAAGGUUGCGGAGGUUUGCAGAUUUCUUUGUCUGCUCUCCCAACGUCCCCACACGUCAAAAUGCUGCAGCGGCAGCUGGCCCAAGCACACGCCCAUCCACAUCUCGAGUUCGAAGGAUGUGUGCUCCCUUUUUCUGGCCUUCCCUGGCAAGAGAUGCGCGAGAAAGUGAACUCUCAGAUGAUGUUCUGUCCGUUGAUUCAGUGGGAAUGCUCUUCACUACAUCCAUACACAGGAAAGACGAUAGGAGCAUAUCCUGCUCUCUACAGGUGAAAACAUCUCCCUCUGAAAUCGCCCAUCAAAAUACAGAAACACCAGUACGUACCCCACUUAAAUCCGAAAACGGAUGCAAAUCGGAAGAUCCCCAUCCCCCUGAAAAAGCAGAAGUAAGUCAAGCGAACACUUCAGAUGUUUAUUAAGCUUUAGAAAUAUUUGCUAUAUAUGCAUGCCGUCUAGUGGACGCGAACAGCAAAGUCCUCGUAAGGUUUGUAUGACGCCUCACACUCUUUUACAGGUGACGUUCAUGUUGGCGCGCUGCUGUCUCCAGAUCUAUUCGUUCAGGCUGCACUGAAGGGGAGAGAUUGCUGUUAUAAAGGCCAGUACUUUUCUCACCCCCCUCCCCCCGUCUUCGGGGCCGGUGUCGGCACGACAGCCUUCAUUGCCCUCAUCCAAAUUGUCCGCAUUUGUUGUCUUAGACCCGCCUUAUACGUCCUUGCCUACACUUAUCGGAAAACACCACAAUUAGGGUUGCUGAGCCAGUGUCGACGGCCACAUUCUUAUCGGGCUGACGAUCCCUAAAUGUCGCCAGAUAAACAGACUUAAUUAUUUGCAAAGAACCGAAGAUGGAGUAGGGGAAAGAUGACAAAAAAGGGGGAGGCGACAUCUUCCAUCUGACUGCCAACGUUAUAGCAAUUGAAUUCGCACAAUGCCUUUUAAAUUCAGUCUUAUCACUGUGGGGAGUUGUUUAAAUGACGCGAUUGACUUAGGUGGACAGCGCUCGGAAAGCGGAUAAUGGAUGGAUAUGUUUGUGAAUGUAGUAAUCCUUUAAGAACGGCACUUUCACAUGUACAGAUCACAGCUGCUCACUCGUUUCAUGCGGAUAUUUGGUUUGCGUCUGCGGGAAGCAACGUAGCGGUGCCCCGCGUAAGCGGACCGUUGAGCUUUGUCGCCAACUUGCGUCCAAUCCCAAGAUUUGACCAUCGAUCGGAACAAAUAGCGGACUUCCGCAUGAGAUAGGAGGAAAGGGUUAGGUUGAAUUAGCGCAUUUUCUGACUCUGGGCAAUCCAACAGGCUUUUUAAAUUAUCACGAUAUGCCCAAAGUCAUGGCUAAGCAGGACGUCAAAUUACAGGAUAUUAGGUCCUCUCCAGAAGGAGAGUCAGGCUGCAGUGGCUUAUUCUUAAUGUGGCUUCCAGGACAUACACUCUGGUGGGAUUCCAGACGUCCCCUGUUUCUGUGAAAACCUGGCCCAUCACGCGUGGUAAGCUUAGAGGAGCUGUUAGCUUCGUCCGCACUGCGCUUGAUCCAGUCUCUGGUUGUCCUGACUUAGUCGAACCGCUGGGCCCUGGUUAGCGAGGGAGGCGAAGGGGUGGCAGAUGUUGCACAAGUCUACUAUCAAAAUGAACUAAUUCACUCGUAAGUCACCGUGUCGGCGCACGCCAUGCUGUGGGCCCCUAAAAUUAGUCACGCAGGAGACCAACACAGAAGCAAGAUCGGAGUAUGCCGGACAUUGUUGGUAAUGUUUAUCCCUAAGAAAUCUUAACGUUGGGGGAGCGGUGGAACGCCAGGUGCAGUCUCGCUCCGCGCCAAAUAGGACCCGGGCUGCCCGUCUUUUUUAUGGUGUAAAAUCCUAACCAGUGGACGUUGUGGACCGUGGGAUGUUGUGGUACAUCCAGGUGGGUGUUUUCGUCAUGUCAACCACCAGCGCCUUCUCUCACCUUAGUUUUUCUUUACUCCGUCUUGACACCUGGUCUGAGUGGAGGAGGGGAGAGAGUGUGAUGGAUGCAGCGUAAGUAUACUGUCUCUUUAAACUAACGCGCAGGUCGCCGUCCUUGCUCUCAUCCUGCCGUUGAUCACACGAUGGGCGUCUUCGAUCACGAAGACUGAACUGUCAGAUAGCAUCGUUCACAAUGGUUGAACUCCCAACCGUUUAAAUGUUAAGUUGCCCAAGUUCUUUUGAAGAUAAGUUGCAUUCAUUGGCGGUGACGACUAAAUAUCCAUCUGUUUCCUUUAGACCGCAGUAACUCGAACGUUCACUUUUGUUAGAGGCUAAAAAUUGUCGCUGUCAUAGGACUAGUAACCAAACUUACAGAGCUAUAGAUUUCAUUUUGACGCCGAGAGGUACGAAGCUAUUCGUGCUUAGCCCAUAUGACUUUGUUACAGUGAGACCUAUACUGCAGUUUUCAAGUAAACUUAAAUGCCUUCUAGACAUUGGUAACAAGUAGACUAGCAUCAGAGUCUGACUUUCAAGGUCGGCAGGCAGUUGUGCGUAUUAAAUAAAAUGACAUAUAUGAACACUUGUGCAGUACCAUCCAAGUGCAGGGUGACAAACUCUUAAAAUGCUGUACGUUGUGCCCUUUACGUUUUGCAGCGUUGCUGAAAGUCAUCCAAAGAUAUGUUGUAAAUUGCUCUUACUAUAUGUGCAUUGAUGAUUCAAACUAUGGAAAUCACUGCUCACUUUAGCAUAUUCCCCUUAUGAAUUUAUUCAUGCUGUUGUGUAUGGUCACAGCGCGAUAGUUAUUCCUGUUGGAUAGGAGUUGUUUUGAGCAGCAUACAGUAUUGAUUGGUUAACGGCCAGUUUUUCAAAAUAUCUUUGGAGCAAAUUUGUCCAAAAUUUACUUCAAAGAAACCAUUACUACCUUAAGGGAGUUGUAUUUAAGGUAUACAACUCAGUACCUACAUACAAUACAUAAUCAAAAAAUCCACCCCUUAUCGUAUUUUCAGAAAUGUAGAGCUUCGUUUUAACCAACGAACAAUUAGGUUUAAGCAUAUUAACCACAUGUUAUUUUUGAUGCUGUACUCAUAUUCUACGGUUGAAAGUUUGCCUCCCCACUUUAUUUUCCAGGACCCUGACAGUCCUUGGCUCGGUUUCGUUCCGAAUCCACGGUUUACCGACUGUGCUGUACAACCUUUGGCAGGGUCAGCUGGUCUCAGUCUGCCAGCGAAACUUCAGAGCAGUGUGUCGAUGAGACAAGAUAUGGCUUCUUUGGUAGUAAGAACAACAACAGGGGGCAAUACUGUCCCUAUAACAUACAAUGAGGUCACGAUACAUGGUUCCGAGGAAAAUUAUAUCGUUCCCACCACAGCUGUGAUCCCGAAUAACCAAAAAAUCGACUUAAAUCCCAUUCGUCAACGACCCAUAAAAGUAGUUUCACCAACAUCGGCCAAAUGUGUCUCUCAGAGCUCCAGCAGCGGUCUGGGAAGCGAACACAGUUGUGCAGACUCAGCUGUUCGCACCCAUAUUGUCAACGACUUUGCUGCAGCGCCAGCAGAUCUCAACACACCAACAGUUCGUUGCUACUGCAAACCACAUGCCGGACGGGUUUUUCGAUGCAAAGCUCGUGGACGCUACGGUCACGCUCCUUGUCUCACCGAGCACUCUGAUGCCUACAUGCAGUUUGUUAAAGGAUCUCCUCAGACAGAAGUUCAUAGAACACUACCCUACCUAGCGGAUCCCGAUCUCCCCAACGAUGACAUCUCCACUGGACCUUCUCCUGUCAUCGAGGGCAUAGAACAGAGGUGUUUUGCUGGAGGUGGCGGCCACGCAAGCAGUGGUUACGAAAGCAUUCUGCGAGACAGUGAGGUAUCUUCCCAUUCCGAGUCAGCAAGUGAGAGCUCAAUGGGGCGUCUACCAGCUACUGUAGGAGCCUGUCAGUGCGGAGCCUUGGUGCUGUCACCGCUACAACAGCAACUGUCUCCUUUGGAAAGUAAGAACAGAGACGACGCAGCCUGUCAGACCUCGCCCUUCCCCUUGGAAUAUGCGGGCUGGGGUAAAAUAGGAACGCCUGAAGUCAAAAACGUCCAGUCAGCAUUGGAGGGCUCCUUGACGUUAACAGAGUCCUUCAGCGAGGCAACUGCAUCCGUCAUUAUGGACAGUUCGACCAUAUCAAAAAGUAAGUACUCACCUCUUGUCGUAAAACAAGUUGCAGUUUUUUGA